AUGAAUUUCACGCCCAUCAACCCACGACCUCUCCUCCAGAGCUUGAUCAAUGACGAAGUUAUCAUCCGUUUAAAAUGGGGUCAAACAGAAUACAAAGGCCGGCUCAUUAGCGUCGACUCAUACAUGAACAUCCAGCUCUCGAACACGGAAGAGUAUAUUGACAGGAAACAUACGGGUACUUUGGGUCAGGUGCUCAUCAGAUGUAACAACGUUCUCUGGAUAUCUGCAGCUAAAGGAGUCGAAAUGAACGGUGAAGGACCCGACACCAAAAUGGAGGAUUAA